UGUAACAUUCCUUUAUUGUGGUUUGAAGUUGAAGACUGCUUGUCUCAUUUUGAUCACUUUURGACCUUCAAAUCAUGUCUUCUGCUGUUACUGACUAUUGUAGAAGUUUGGGUGCGGACGGACGUCAGCUACGUUUGGCGGGUCAUGUUGGUUUUGACAGUUUACCCGAUCAGCUUGUAAACAAAUCUGUAAAUCGAGGUUUUGCCUUUAACAUUUUGUGUGUAGGAGAAACUGGUAUUGGCAAAUCCACACUGAUGGACUGUCUCUUCAAGACUGCGUUUGAAGGUGAUCCACAUUCUCAUAAUCUACCUGGGGUACAGAUAGAGCACCAUACUUACAAUUUGAAAGAAAGCAAUGUUCGGCUAAAGCUAACAGUCGUGGACACUGUAGGAUAUGGAGACCAAAUCAACAAAGACGACAGUCACGUAGCCAUUACAGAGUACAUAGACAAACAAUUUGACACCUAUCUACACCAGGAGAUGAAGAUCAGACGAGCUAUGAAUACUUUUAGUGACACUAGAGUCCAUGYGUGCUUGUACUUCAUAUCUCCCACAGGACACUCACUGAAAUCUCUUGAYCUGAUGUGCAUGAAGAAACUUGAUAAAAAGGUAAACAUCAUUCCAAUCAUUGCCAAGUCUGACACUAUUGCAAAAGCUGAGCUGGUACAUUUCAAACAAAAGAUUAUUGAUGAGCUUGAAAGCAAUGGCGUUGAAAUCUAUAAAUUCCCUGUUGAGGAUGAAACAGUUGCUGAAAUGAAUAAUGCAAUGAAUGCAGAAAUUCCUUUCGCUAUAGUUGGCAGUCGAGAGGAAGUAGUUGUGAACAAGCAGAAAGUCAGAGGGCGUGUGUAUCCUUGGGGAACAGUAGAAGUUGAAAAUGAGAAACACUGUGAUUUUGUAAAACUACGAGAAAUGCUUAUCAGAACCAACAUGCAAGCACUCAUCGACAAAACGCAUUCCAAACACUAUGARCUAUUCCGRCAAAGUAAACUCGAAGAGAUGGGCUUCAGCGAUGGUGAUGAACAUAACCAAGGUCAAAGUCUACAAGAAACCUACGAACAGCGAAGAAAAGAUUACAUGCAAGAAUUCCAAGAAAGAGAGGAAAAGAUGAGGCAGCGAUUUGUACAGAAAGUCAAAGACAAGGAAGGCGAAUUAAAGUCAGCAGAACAUGAGCUACACGCUAAAUUUGACCACCUUAAGAAAGUCCAGUCGGACGAAAAGAAAAAGAUUGAGGAAAAACGUCACAUGUUGGAGGAAGAAAUCAACUUGUUUGCCAAGCAAAAAGCAGCUUUGAAUGCAGCGCAAGCUUCUGCACAGCAAGCAACUGCUCAGGUCGCCAAGGAACAGCUGAAGAGUAAAAAGAAAUAACAACAAAAUGUAACAGAGGGAGAACUUAUURCUGCAAUUUUUCAGAAAUAUUUUGUCAGAGCGUUCGGAAAUUGCUUGGACGUCGACCGGAUAUUUCUCGGACAUAUUGCUUUCGGAAAUCGUUCGUGUUUGUUGUUAAACAUGARAAUUUUCUGGAAAUUGCAGAAAUAACACUCGUUUGUAAUUGAAAUAUUUGUUGAUAUUGGUUAUCGCUUCAACCCAGUAGCCCUUAAACUAACUGGAUCUAACUAUCCUGAUUUAAAAGUGGAUAUUUAUAACUGACAACUCAUUUGGUCGACGAACAGAAUCWUUAAAAAUCUCAAGGAAUUUAUUUCGUUUUUAGAUAUACAGUAUUUAAAUCGUCUAUUAAAAUAAAUUUUAUCUCGAAAAUGAG